UCACGUUCAACCUGCAAAUACUUUCUAAGAAAAACAAAGAUCAUUAAAUUUCUUUGCCUUUUUCAGUUAUCUUUGAUUUAUUUAUAUAUAUUUCACUAGCUUAACUUGUAAAUAUAUACUCCAAUCUCCAAAUCUUUAUCCUUUUCUCUUAUAUAUAAUAUCUUCUGUGGGCCUGUGCCCUGCAGCAGCACCCCACCUCUGCACUUCCAUGGCCACCUUCUCCAUUCAUAGAGAAAAACUCAGAUCUUGAACUUAGUGGUUGUAUACAAAGAUGGGUUCUCAGAUUUGGAUGAGAAGAUUGCUUAUUUUGUUGUGCAUAUUUAGCUGCAGCUUCGCUUAUGUGAGUUCACAGUCUGUUGCUGGAGAUGGUAGUGUAGAAGGGACUGUUUUUAUAGAUGGGAAAAGUUCCAUUGGGAAGAUUGAUGAAGAUUUCAUUUGUGCUACUUUGGAUUGGUGGCCUCCGGAGAAAUGUGACUAUGGAACUUGCAGCUGGGACUAUGCUUCUCUUAUUAAUCUGGAUCUUAGCAGCAAUAUUUUAUUAAAUGCGAUAAAGGCUUUUUCACCAUUGAAGAUCAGAUUGGGAGGUACUUUGCAAGACAAGGUCAUAUAUGACACUGAUGAUAACAAGGAACCAUGUAAGCAAUUUGUUAAAAAUACCACUGAGAUGUUUGGUUUCACUCAGGGAUGCUUACCCAUGUAUAGAUGGGAUGAAUUAAAUGAAUUUUUCAAGAAAUCUGGAGCUAAGAUUAUAUUUGGAUUAAAUGCUCUUGCCGGCCGGUCCAUACAAUCUGAUGGUUCUGCAGCUGGAGCUUGGAACUAUACCAAUGCUGAAUCUUUUAUAAGUUAUACUAUUAGAAAGAACUACUCUAUUCAUGGUUGGGAGCUUGGAAAUGAACUGAGUGGGAGUGGAGUUGGAACAAGAAUAGCAGCAGAUCAAUAUGCUGCUGAUACUAUCUCCUUGUAUAAGAUAGUGCAGAAAAUUUACAGUGGAGCUGAAUCUAAGCCAUUAGUUAUAGCACCUGGAGGAUUCUUUGAUGCAAAUUGGUUCAAAGAAUUCAUUGAUAAAACAGGAAAUUCCGUAGAUGUGAUCACUCAUCACAUAUACAAUCUGGGUCCAGGAGUUGAUGAACAUCUUGUUGAAAAGAUUCUUAAUCCAUCUUAUCUAGAUGGUGAGGCUGAUACUUUCAGUGGCCUGCAAAAUACCCUCAAGAGUUCUGCAACUUCAGCAACAGCCUGGGUUGGUGAAGCAGGAGGAGCUUACAACAGCGGCCGGAACCUUGUAUCCAAUGCUUUUGUUUACAGUUUCUGGUACCUGGAUCAGCUUGGUAUGGCAUCAGCUUAUGAUACAAAAACAUACUGCAGACAGUCUUUGAUCGGCGGAAAUUACGGUUUACUAAACACUACUACUUUCCUACCAAAUCCAGACUACUACAGUGCUCUUCUUUGGCACAGAUUGAUGGGCAGAAAAGUUCUGUCAACGAAAUUUUCUGGGGCGAAAACGAUACGCGCAUAUGCUCACUGUGCAAAAGAAUCAAAGGGAAUCACAUUACUGCUAAUCAACCUGGACAACAGCACAACUGUUGAAGUGAAGGUCUCAUUUAACAGUACAUGGACAUUGCAUCAUCAAAAAAAGCAUCAUAGGUCCUAUAAAUCUCAUAGAACAAGGACCAUUAAGCUGCCUCAAGGUUCUGAAAGCACCACAAGAGAGGAAUACCAUCUAACAGCAAAAGAUGGAAAUUUACAUAGCCAGAUUAUGCUGCUUAAUGGGAACAUUUUAAGUGUGAGUUCAUCUGGGGAGAUUGCUGCCUUUGAGCCUGUAAAUGUAAAUUUAACAAAGCCAAUAUUUGUUGCACCUUUCUCAGUUGUGUUUGCUCACUUGCCAUAUGUUGUCCCUGCUUGCAGCUAGAUUAGUACUAGGUGGAACUGAAACUGGUUCCUUGUAAUGAUUGAUCAAAAUAAACAAUAGAGUAGAUGCAAAUGUCACAUUCUUUAUUUGUUGAUGAAGAAUAUAGUACAAGUUAUUAUUCAAUCAAGUCAUACAGCUAUUUACAAAUGUAAUUCACCCCUUUGAAGUCUGUUUUAUCAUCAAUUUAAUGUUCACUUUUUUCCUUUUUCUU